CGAAAUGACCGACGUGCAGCAACAACGUGUGGCUGUCCAAGCGCUACUUGAAAACCACAAGUUCGUCUUCUCUGAGGACUAAACACGAUGCGAUGCUCCACCCACGAGCUUCUACUUUGCAUCUGCAGUAUUUCUAGGGGUUCCGUCACAAGAUACGAAAACUGUAGUUUCGCGAUCUACUCUAACGAUUCCCCUCUGCUCUGGAGGCUCCAUCGGUGGGCUUCUAGAGACUUUGCUUAUUCUUACCUAUUUCCUUCGCAUUCAAAUUCUUGUAUACUUCGAAGCGGUGUGAAGGCGCCUUCAUAUACCAACUUCUUUUAUAUUCCCCAACUCCCCCCUUUCGAAGGAUCUUUUUUUCAAGCGCUUCUUUUGGGUGUUCCUUACUUGCGAAGUUGGUUGUUGGGUUAGGUCGGGUUGGUGUUUGUUUACUGCUAUCUGGGGUGAGAAUGAUAGUACCUCGUCAUUGCAUGCAUUUUGUUCAAAUUGCCAGAUUGGUUGCUUGAUUUGAUUGGCUUUUAGCGAUGCUAUGGCGAAUUUGAUUUGAUGAAUUGGAA